AUGUCAGAUCCCCUCUUCCUCGGAUUUGAUCUCUCCACUCAGCAGCUCAAAGCGGCCCUCAUCGACCGCAAAGGCCACCUCGUCCAUGAAUCCGCCGUCCACUUUGACCGUGAUCUCCCCCAGUUUGGGACCACAAACGGCGCGUUGCAUGGUGACGAACCAGGAGAGGUUUAUUGUCCCGUCAUCGUCUGGAUAGAGGCCCUCGAUGUCCUCAUGUCCCGUCUCAGCACCGCAAACGUAGCCUUUGACCGCAUCGUCGCCGUCUCGGGUGCUGCUCAGCAACACGGCUCUGUUUAUUGGGACGGCGCAGCCCACAGUCUAUUACACUCACUCGACCCGUCUCAAGCCCUUGCCUCUCAGCUCGUCCCCGAGGCUUUUUCGACCACAAAGUGCCCGAUAUGGCAAGACUCUUCGACCACUGAAGAAUGCAAGAUUAUCGAAAAUGCCCUCGGUGGCGACCAGGCAGUCGCAGAUCUCAGUGGCAGCAGAGCCUAUGAGCGUUUCACUGGCGCACAGAUCCUCAAGCUUUAUAGAAAACAUCCACGCGUGUACGAGAAUACGUCUCGUAUCUCCCUCGUCUCUUCCUUCUUGGCAUCGCUCUUUUUAUGCGACAUUGCUCCUAUCGAAGUCUCCGACGCGAGUGGUAUGAAUCUAAUGGACAUUGAAAAGCACACUUGGUCCGACGCCCUUCUCGACGUAUGUGGUCCCAACCUACGAAGCAAGCUCGGACCCGACCCAGUCCUCGGCGGCACAUCCUUUGGAGCCGUGGGCGCCUACUGGGUCAAACGAUGGAACUUUCAUAGCUCAUGCAUCGUCGCGCCAUUUACAGGCGACAAUCCCUCGACGGUCGUCUCACUCUCCUCUGCCGGAGACGUGAUUCUCUCCCUCGGUACAUCCACCACACUCCUCAUCGAUAUACCACCGUUGCAUCCAGGUCAUUCCGAAGCCGUCGUCAUGCCCAAACGCACCACGACCUCGCACCUCCUCGCACAUCCAACCUCAAAGGGCAGCUCCAUCGCCAUGCUGUGCUACAAAAACGGUGCACUGGCCCGUGAAUACGUGCGGGAUCAUCACGCUCAAAAGGACUGGGACACCUUUAACAAGCUCGUCGAAUCUACGCCACCAGGUAACAACGGACUCAUGGGAUUCUACUUUCCCUUGUUUGAAAUCAUCCCUCAAAAUGUCAUUGGAGACUACUUUUUCAACAAUGGUCAACCCGUGCGGGCAUUUGACGACACAAAGGUUCACCCACGCGCCAUCCUCGAGAGCCAGCUCCUCAGUCUCAAAGUCCGAAUCGAGGAUAUCGUUCCCGGAAGUCACGGUACAAAGGAAGAAGAUGUAAACGACGAACCACUCAAACGGCUCUUGCUCACAGGUGGCGGGAGUGCGAAUCAAGUGAUUCGACAAAUGGCGGCAGAUAUUCUCGAUCUCGAUACCUAUGUCGCCAAGUCAAAGGAAGGCGGUAGCGUUGGUGGUGCGAUUCUGGCAUUGUAUGCGUGGUGGAAGUUGCAAGGCGCUGAAGGCGACUUGGACGAUUUGAAGCGUGAGCUCCAUAUGGAGGACUUUCAACUCGUCGCAAAGCCCAACCCAGAGACAGUACAGGUGUACGAUGGGUUGGAUCAUCUCUAUCGUAGAUGCGAAAAGAUGGUCAUGCAACUCAAUAAGCACAACGCAAAGGACGAAUAG